AUGGAUGAACGUCACUGGUGGAUUGCUGCUAAAGUUGAACAAACAUUUUGUAUUGAUAAAACUUCGACUGCUGAUGCAUCAUUUACUGAAACAUUCUUUCGACGACCUGAUGUACUUGAAAAAAUCAAUAGUUUUCUAUGUGCAAAAGGUUCAAAUAAAUUAUUUUUCUAUACAACACGAGAUCAUCUCUAUUCAAAAGAAAUAAUGUGCUGUAAUAAUAUUGUUGAUGAAUAUAUACUCGUCAAUGAACCUUUGGAUAAUCUAAUUAUAUUAUUUUUUGUUCGUUCGGAUACAAGUUCUGAUGCAACUGUAUCACCUGUAUCUGAUAUUUAUAGUGGAGAAAUUAAACAUCCAGCACAAAUGACAACAUUACUUUAUGGACAAACAUUAUUACCAUUGUUUAAGAAAGAAUUAACACCGAGUUCAAAUGAUAGCUAUAAUCAAAUAGCGACAAAAACAACAAUUGUAACUCAAAUGGAAAAACAAAUUGAUGGUAUCAAUGCGACAUGUAAUUCUUUACAAAAAGAUAAGAAUUUAUUAUUGAAACGUGCUGAUGCUGAAAUGUUAAAUCAAUUGAAACAAACUGGACGUUCAACAGCUGAUAGUCCAGUCAUUCGUAAUUGUGAAACAUUAGUUUUAUCAUGGAUUACAACAAUAGAAAAUGUUCUUCAAGAUAUAUUUGGAGAAGAUUCAACACAUCCAUCACUUGGUCCAUUGAGUGAAAUUGAUCGAUGGGCACGUAAACAACGUUUAAUUAAUAAUUUACUUGAACAAUUAAAAUCUAAAGAAUGUAAAGCCGUCAUUGGUGCAUUGAUUACAUCAAAAUCCAAAGUUAUACGAAAAUGGAAAGCUAUUGAUGUUUCAAUAACAGAAGCACAAAAUGAAUGUCGUGAUAAAACGAAAUUUCUUGAAUCAAUUCGACGUUAUUUAGAAAAUUUAACUGAAGAUAGUCAUCCACAAAAUUGUGCUGUUAAUAUAUUACCAGCAUUGUGUGAUGCAAUGAGAACUGUUGAAUCUGUAUCAAGAUAUUAUGCUCGGCAAGGUUAUUUAGGUUUAAUUUUUUCUAAAGUAACAAAUCAAUUAGUUAAAAUAUGUAAACAUCAUAUUAAUGAUGAUUUAUCACAACUUUGGCCAAAACUUUUUAAUGAAAUUCAAUCUGGAGGAUCGGUUGAUGAUACGAAAGAAAAUUUUCAUCUUGAUAAACGAGAUAUAAAACGUUUUCGUGAAGUUCCAAAAGGUUCAGUACCAAUAGAAUCAAAUACGAAUGACGAAAGUGUCUAUCAACGUUUAAAAAAUUGUCUUCUUUUACAAGCAUCUUAUAAAGAAAUAUUUCGUGCUUUACGAGAUGCACUUGGCGGUGCACAAAUGUUAACAACAACAGCUUUUUCAUCAGCAUCAUCAACAAUAAGUGGAACAACAAAUACUCAUACGCGUGAUCAGAGUCAAUCAAGACAUCAGAUAAGACGAUCAAGUGGAAUUUUAAUGGCUGAAGAUGAAAAAAUUUUUGAAAAUUUAGAAGAAUUUUCUCGUCGAAUUGAACAAAUGCUUGAUAUGACAAUAACACUUAAUCAAUUUUCACAACUCAUUGUUUCAACAGUUCGAUUACCUAAACCAAAACGUAAAGAUUUAAUCGAUGCAGAAAGUCUUGUUAAUCGUAGUGAUGUUUCAAAACAUGAAGAAGAAGAAAAAGAAGAUGAUAAUGAAGAUAACAAUACUGAUAAUAUAUCAGAUGAGGGAAUUGAUGAUCCAAAUAGUGAUUCAGGAACACCUACUUAUGAUUAUCUUCAUUCAUCUGUAUCAAAAACUGAUCUUGAUCUAUUAAAAAAAUAUUAUUAUGAUGAUGAUGAAUCUUUACCAUUAAGUGUAUUUAUUGCUCAAGGUGUUGAACAACUUAAAUCACUUUUAAUAGAUAAUAAUAAUAGUCCAACAAAUGACGAAGAAAAAACCAAAUUUGAUUCAAUUCAUAAAAAUUUUACUUCAAUAACACAUGAAAUUGAACAAAUCAUUGGUGCCUAUCUUAAUGUUAUGUUUUCUAAAACAAAACGUACUCAAGAAGGUUUAACUAUUCUAGCAAGUUUUGAGCCUGUUUGUGAACGAAAUUAUCUUCGUCCUAUUCUUCGAGAUGCUUAUGUUAAUUUAUUUCUUAAUUUUGAGAAUGAUUUGAUGGAUAUUCGAACAACAUUCGAAGCACAAAAAGAUGAUCCGCCAUUGCUUCGAAAUGCACCACCUAUUGCAGGUGCUAUUGCUUGGUCACGAACGUUAUUAACAAAAAUUGAAAAAGCAAUGGAUAUAUUUAAAUUAAAUCGACAUAUAGUUGCAUUAGGAAAUUUUGCAGUCGUAUCAAAACUUUAUAAUCGUACAGCUAAAAUGUUACUUGUCUACGAACAAUUAUUAUUGGCACGAUGGAAAGAAAAAAUAGAUGCAUGGAAAGAUCAUUUAAAUGCUAGUUUAUUACGUUUAAAUAAAAAUAAUGAUCAUAACAGACAAAUAGAAAUUAAUUCAAAUAUUGAAUUAUUUUCUAUAUUUGAUGAAGUUAAAUGGUUUAAACGACUUGAUGUAGAUAUUCCGAAAGCAGCACUGAUUUAUAUGCAAAAGGAACAAUCAUUUAAACAAUACAAAUCUUUGCUUGAAGAUCUUCUCUCACGUUUUUAUAAUUUACAAUCUCAAAUCUAUCCACCAUUUUAUCCAUUAUUUACUAGUCAAUUAGCUCAAAUCUAUCGAGCAUUUGAACCUGGUCUACAUACAAUAAAUUGGUCAAAUCUUAAUAUUGAUGUUUAUAUGACAAAAGUUCAUCGUGCACUUGAUCGUUUUGAAACAUUCAUUUCAAAUAUUAAUACAUUAAUUGCAGAAAAAAUUGAUAAAAUUCUUGAUAAUGAAUUGAUGAAUUCAUCAUAUCUUCUAUUUUCAAUAGAUUAUAUGCAUUCAAAAUUAUGGACACCAGCAGAAUUUUUUGAAAAAAUGUCUUUACACAUAAAUGAACAAGCAAUAUUAAUUGGUAAAAAACUUUCUGAAGUACAACGAAGAUUUCAAGAAGUUGAAGAUAUGGUAAGAUUAAAUUCUUCUGGACAAAAAACUCCUUCAUCAAGUUCAUCAACACGAAGAGCAAAAACACCAACGACUACACAGGAAGCUAUGAUGACAUUUAUUAGAUAUUAUCAAGAUAAAAUGAAUCAUUGUAUACAAAUAAUAAUCGAACGAACAUUACGUGCAUUUAUUCAAUUAGCUUCUGUAUCCGACGACAUAUAUUUAUUUGAUCAAACAAAAUUAAUUCGACUUUUAUUUGAAGUACCAAAUAUUAAUGAACAAUCGAAUAAUAUUGAUACACAACGAAUUAGAAUUGCUUCUACAAUGCAAUAUGCUAUACCUGAAAUAACUAUUAAUCCAGAAGUAAUCAUUUGUCAAAAAUCUGUUUGUGAUGUUGCAUAUGCAAUUCUUAAUUGUGAAAAACAAAUAAGUGCAUCGGCUGGUUUUGAUAAAGAAACUGCUCAUCGUUUAUCGUCAAUAAUCAAAUCAGAUACAAAUUUAUCUGAAUUAAUUAAUCGUCUAUCAUCAAUUGACACUGAUGUAACUCGUAUAUCUGAAAAUGCUAUACGAUAUAUUCGUACAUUUGAUUUUCUUUGGCAUGAUGAUUCUCAAUUACAAUAUCAAACAAUUAUUCAACAGGAUGAAAAUGGUGAUGAUUAUGUGAUAACAAUUGAUCCAGAUGGUAUUCCAUCGAAAGAAACACGUGAAUAUUUACAAAGUGAACUUGAACGUCUUGUACAAAUUGAAGAACGUUUAAAUUUCUUUCCACAUGAAAUACAAAUUGGUUGUAUUUGUAUUGAAACAGUUCCAAUUAUAAAUUCUCUUCGAACAUUUAUAUUUAGUUGGAAAAGUCAAUAUGCUAAAUUAUUACAUAGAUUUGCUAAAACUGAACUUGAUCAAGUUGUUGAAUAUCGACAACAAAUUCAAGCAAGAUUUAAUGAUAAUGUAUCAACACUUGAACAAUUAGAUGAAGCUCUAAUUCUAUUAGAAGAAUUAGGUGAAAUGGAAAAUAAAAUCGAUUCAAUUUAUUUACCAAUUGAAACAACUUAUUCACUUUUGACUCAAGUUUAUAAUAUUCCAAUUCCACGUGAUGAAUUACUAGAAUGUUCACAAUUACGUGAUAAAUGGUCUGAAUUAAUGUUAAAUGCUGAUCGUGUACGAAAAUUAUUAUUACAAGAACGUCGACAACAAUUAGAACAAGAAUUAGAUAAACAAGUUAAAUCAUUUGUUGUUGAAGUUAUUCGUUUUAGAAAUUCAUUCGAUGUUGAAGGACCUAAUGUACCAGAUUUAGGUCCAUUAGAAGCAUCCAAACGUUUAAAAGAUUUUCAAGGACAAUAUAAAAUUAUGCAUAAACGUAAACAAACAUUAAAUUCCAUAUCAACUUUAUUUAGUUUACAACCAAAACCAUUUCCUGAAUUAGAUAAAACAGGAGAAGAAUUGGUAUUACUUGAUCAAUUAUAUAUAUUAUAUAAAAAAUAUAUAGCAUUUGAUACAACAUUUCGUUCAACUCUUUGGUCUGAAGUUGAUUUAAAUCAAAGUCGAUAUGAACUUAAUCAAUUAUGGACAGAUUUUUGUAAUUUACCAUCGAAAUUACAAGAACGUAUAUGGACAGCAUAUACAGAUUUAGAAAUACAUUUAAAAAAAUAUCUUCAAUUACUUCCAAUAUUAUUUAUGUUAAAUGCACGAGAAAUUCGUAGUCGUCAUUGGUUAAAAGUUAUGCAAAUAACUGGAUAUCAAUUUCAAUUAGAAUCAACUAUAUUUAGAUUAAAUGAUUUAUUAGAUAUACCAUUAGAUAAUUAUCAAAAUGAAAUUUCAGCUAUAUGUUUUUCUGCUCAAAAAGAACUUGAAUUAGAAACACGAAUGCGUAGUAUUGAAGAAGAAUGGACAGAACAAAUACUUAGUUUUGAACCAUAUAAAGAUUAUGGACCUGUUUUAUUAGAAAAACGUUAUGUGGAACAUUUACUUGAACAUUUAGAAGAUGGAGAAGAAACACUUGCUCAAAUGCUUACAACACGAUAUAUUGAACCAAUGCGUGAAGAAGUCGCAUCAUGGUCAGAAAAAUUAAAAACUAUCGGAGAAAUUCUUGAAUUAUGGCUUGAAGUUCAAGAUAUGUGGUUAGGUGCUGAAAAUAUCUUUAAUAAUCCAUCAGCUGGAAAAGAUAUAUCAUUAGAAUCGAAACGAUUUGUACGUGUUGAUAAAACAUGGUUAAAAACUCAACGACAAUCCGCAGAAAUUCGUAAUGUUUUACAAUGUUGUUUAAGUGAACCACCAAAAAAAGGUAUAUUAAAAGAGAUACAAAAAGAAUUAGAAAUAUGUAAUAAAUCCAUAUCAAUAUAUUUGGAUCGUAAACGUCAAAUAUUUCCACGAUUUUAUUUUCUUACAAAUCGUACACUAAUAUCAUUAUUAAGUCGACAAGACACAAUUAAUUAUGUUAAACCACAUUUUCAAGCAUUAUUUAAUGGUAUUCAUGAACUUAAAAUAAAUGUUAUUAAUCUUGAUCAACCUAAAACAGAAAGUGGACGACGUAGUGCAGCGAAUGGUGAUUCACGUUCACAUUUAGAUCUAAAUAUUUUAACUCAACGUGAUAUUGAACAAGUUAUAAGUGAUGAUGGUGAAUAUAUGCAAUUAAUUCAUUCGGUACCAAUACAAAAAUCUGUAGAACAAUGGCUUAGUCAAUUACAAGAAACUGUAGCCGACACAAUUCGAACAGAUAUUGCUCAGUGUAUUAGAGAUCUUGAUAAUGGUUUACCAUUUGAAGAACUUGUUUCGAAAUAUACAUGUCAAGUUUCAUUAGUAGGUAUAUUAUAUGUAUGGACUCGUGAAAUUGAAACAGGAUUGGCUGAAUCGAAAACAGAUCGAAAAGGUUUACAAACAGCAACCAAACGUUUUAUAACAUUAACACAAAAAAUACCAACAGUAUUAUCACGUUCACAAUGGAAAACACCAACACAACCAGUUUUACCCAUACAUAAAUUACGUUUAGAAGGUGUUCUCGCGUAUGCUGGAUAUUUACGUGAUAAUAUUGAACUUGUUUGUUCACGUCGUCGUGAAAUGACAGCAAAAGAUUUUGAUUGGCGACGAUGUUUUCGAGUCUAUCAACAAAUUUACCCGAAGAAAUCAGAACGGAAAUCUGCUGAUCAUAGUACCAUAGAAACACCUCUUCCUUCUGAACCCGUUCGUAUGCAAGUCAUGGAUGAUAUAUUUACAUAUGGAAGUGAAUUUUAUGGAAUUCAUCAAACAAUAUGUCUUACACCAACAACAGAAAAAUGUUUUCUUGGUAUAUGGCAUGCUUUAUCUUUUAAACGACCUGUUAUUGUACAAGGCAAAGCAGGUGUAGGAAAAACAUAUACAAUUAAAAGUUUAGCUCGUUUUCUUGGUCGAUUUGUUGCAACUUUUGAAUGUUCUCGACUUGUCGAUAUACCAGCUAUUGCUAUGUUUAUAACUGGAUUAGCAACGGAUGGAUGUUGGGGUAUUUUUCAUAAUAUUCAUACAUUAUCAGCCAAUGUUUUAUCACCACUUGCUGAAUAUAUUACAGUUAUUUUUGAUGCUCUUCGAGCAAAUAGUUCAGCUGCAACUAUUAUUUCUGAAAAUAAAGAGAUUUCGAUUCAAUCCUCAGUUGGUAUAAUGGCAACACGUAAUCCAUAUGCAAUCAAUCCCGAUAAUCAUCAUCGUACAACAUUACCAUCUGAAAUUCGUUCUCGUUUUCGUAUUGUGUCAAUUGUGAAACCAGAAAUUGAUCAAAUCUUUCGUGUAAAAUGUUUUGAACUUAAUCUGAAAAAUCCAGUUAAUAUUGCAGAGAAAAUUUCUCUUCUCUAUGAAACAGUUCGAUUAUAUUUACCUAUUGAACAACGUUCAAUAAUGUCGUUAACAACUUUUCUUGAUGUACUUCAAUAUGUAAAUAAUAUCAAAAAACGUACUAAUUCAAGACCGAAUAGUAUGACACAAGCUGGACCAAAAAUCGACAGUAAAGCAAUGAAAACAUCAUCAUAUACUGGUAGUAAAUCGGAUCAAUUAUUAAUAGCUCAAACAUUUAUGGAUGUUAUCGGUGCUCGAUUAGAUCCUGAACAUGCUAAAACAUUUCGAACAUUUGUACUUGAUAUAUUUGUUGGACGAGAUGAAUCAAAAAUGGCGACAUUAAAUACAAGUUCAGUAUUAGAAAAAAUUAUAUGUGAUAAAGCACCAGAUCAUGAUUUUAUUCCAAAUAAAUUAUGGGUUGCAAAAUUAACACAAAUGAUUCAUGCAGCUAAUGUUUCAAAAAAUAUGAUCUUAUGUGGUUCAGCACAUAGUGGUAAAUCAAGUGCAGCUAUAUUAAUGAUUGAUAUAUUAACACAAAUACAACAACAACAACAAUUACAAACAUUUAAUCAACAACAAAAAAAUUUAUCACAAGAAUCAAAUUAUACUCAAGAAACAGCUGAACAAGCACAUAAACUUUAUCGAAUAAAUCCAUUAGCAAUUGAAUCUGAAAGUGUUUUACUUGGUUAUUAUACAAUAGCAAAUGAAUGGCAAGAUGGAAUUCUUACAACAAUGUUACGAAAAGCAAAUCGAAAUUGUCAUACAAGUUGGUUUUGUUUUGAUGGUAUUAUAAGUCGAACAUGGGCUGAUUUAUUACCAUCAAUAUUAGAUAAAGAAUCAUCAAUACAAAUACGUAAUGGUGAUAAAGUAUUUUUACUUGAUCAAGUUAAAUUUAUGUUUGAAACAUCAUCAUUAACUGAUGCAUCACCAUCAUUUAUUGCUAAUUCAACUGUCAUCUAUUUUGAUAAAUCUGUUAUUGAUUGGAAAGUUAUUGCAGGUGCUUGGCUCAAAGGUCGAGGUCAUUUAGAGUCUCUUCGUGCUGCAUUUGAUAGAGUAAUGGAUCCAGUAUUAACAUAUCUUCGAGAAGAAUGUCCACGAUCAAGCUAUUAUUCUGAAAUGAGUUUAUUUUCUAUAACUCUUCGUAUAUUAGAUGCUAUAUUACGUGAAAAUAGUCAUAUUACAACUGAUAUACAUAUUGAACGUUUCUUUAUAUUUUCAUUAACAUUUGUUCUUAAAGUUAUACUUAAUCCUGAUGAACAAAAAAGUUAUUCUGAUUUAUUAAAAACUUUAACUGCAGUUUUACCAGAUGAUGAUAGAGAAAUAUCUGUUUUUGAUUAUUAUGUUGAUGAAUCAUGUGAAUGGGAUUUAUGGACAGCAAAAGUUGAUGAACUUAAUGAAAAUAUCCAAGAUCGUAUUGAUGCAUUUGGUAAUGUACUUGUUCAAACAGUUGAUUUAGCUCGUGUUCAUUAUUUUCUUAAAUAUGCUGCAUUAGCACAAGUUAAUAUUUUACUUAGUGGUACAAGUGGUUCAUGUAAAUCAUUUUUAUUCGAUACAUUUCUUAGUGGAUUAGAUCCAGCACAUUUUCAAAGUGCACGUUCAAAUAUAACAAUGUCAACUGAUUCAAUGGAUUUACAGAAACUUAUUGAAGCUAAUGUUGUUCAUCGACAAGGUUUUACAUAUGGUGCACCAUUAGCAAAAAAACUUUGUUUAUUUAUUGAUGAUUUACAAGCAUCAGCAACAAAUGAUUUAGGAAAAUUUAAAAAUGCUCCUGAAUUUCUUCGAACACUUAUGGAUCAUCAUCAAUUUAUAACACAACAAAAACCAUAUGAAACACGAAUAAUUGAUGAUCUUUUUGUUUUUGCAACUGCUACAAUACCACCCACCGGUGAACAAUCAUUAUUAACACUUAAUUCUCGAUUACUUCGUCAUUUUGCAAUAGUUAAUUUACCAACAAAUGAUUCAUCUCUUCGUCAAAUUCUAACAAAUGUUAUUGAUGUAAAUAUGAUGGCAUUUGGUAAAGCACCAAUCAGUCGAGAUAUGUCAACUAAAAUUGUUGAUGUUCUCAUGGAAACACUUCAACAUAUUCAACGUGUUCUUCAACCAAGUUCAAUACCUGGCCGUGAACAUUAUCUAUUUUCUUUACGUCAUAUGAUAAUUCCUAUUCAAAGUUUAAAAAAUAUUGAUGAAGAAAUAAGAAAUGAACCAACAACUCUCGCACCUUUUCUUAAACAUGAAUUAUAUCGAAUUGUUUAUGAUCAACUUGCAAGAGAAAUGGAUCAAAAUUGGUUUACAGAUACGAUGAAUGAAAUUUUUCGACGUGUAUUUAAUUGGGACAAACCUGAAGAAGAUCAUCGUUAUUUUACAUUUCCGAUUGAAGGUAGAAGUUUCGAACGUCCACUUAAUUCAUUGACUAUUAAAGAAAUUAAAGUUCAAAUUCAACCACUUGAAUCAGUUAGUAAUCUUCGUAAAAUUAUUGAUCAAGUUGCAUUACGAUAUAGAGAAGAAUUUGGUCAUCAUGCAUUUUCAUUAUCAAUUUCAGAGAAUACAGCAUUACAUAUUAUACGUAUGCAUAGAAUUUUAUCUCAUCCAACUUUGAGUAAUUUAUUUGUUAUUGGUACUGUUGGUUCACAUUUGUCAAAAUUAGUUCGAUUAGCAUUUUAUUUAGCAGAAAUUCAAGAACAUGUUAUUGAUUAUUCGAAUAAAAGUUUAUUUUAUGAUACUUUAAAAACUGUUAUUCGAAUAACUGCAGUCGAAGGACGACAUAUUGGAAUUUUAUUAACAAAUAAACAUCUACGUGAUACAGAUAUAAUCGAUGAUAUUUCUUCAUUAUUAACAAGUUGUGAAUGUCCGCAUCUUUUCAGUGUAGAUGAAGUUGAAGGACUUUAUCAGGCUGUAUUAAAUGCAUAUCAACGAGAUCCUGUUUUAGCAACAGCAGUUAUAAGUGAUCCACGACGAUUUUUUCUAACAAAAGUUCGUCAAAAUCUUCAUAUUGCUAUAUGUUUACCAUCACAUAGUGACCUACUUGGUCGUCUAUCACUUGAAUAUCCUGGUUUACUUAAACAUACUCAAGUCUAUUGGAUAAAGAAUUGGUCAUCAACAGCUCUUUAUACCGAAGCAUCCUAUUUUCUUUCAUCACAUGAUAGUGUUCUUUCUGAAGAUCUUCAUCAACGUUUAUCACGUUGUUUUUCUGAUAUACAUUAUUUUAUGUUAAAUGAAUCUCGUCAAAUUCCAUAUGUUGGUUCAAUUGAUAAAACAAUAAUUAUUCGUGAAAGUUCAUUAAAUCAAACUCAUCCAUUAACCAAUCGUUCAACAUUAUCAAAAGAUCAAUUUGGAUCAAAGAAAAAUUCUACUAAAGAAGUUAAAAUUGUUGAUAUUGAAUUACCAAAUCAUCCAUAUUCACGAAUGCUUCUAUAUGAACAAGUUAAAAGUCAUGGAUUAGGAAAAUCAUCAACAAUGUCACAAUUACAUGCAUUUAUUGGACCAGAAACAUUUCGUCGUUUUAUGCAAUCAUUUUGGUAUUUAUUUACAUCAAAAGCAGCUGUUUGUGAACGUGAUAUAAUAAGAUUAAGUAAAGUUUUAAGUACAUUACAUAAAACAAGACAAGAAGCAGAAAAUAUGAAAGAUUAUAUUCAACAAUUAAAAGAAAGAUGUUCAGUUAGUGAAAACGGAACAGCAGUACUUUUAGAAGAAGUUAUUUAUAAAUCAAUGGUUUUAGAAAAAUUACGAGCGAAAUAUGCAUUACCUGGAUGUUUACCUGGUUAUGUUUAUCGAGAUGAUAAAGAUGAUGUUAAAUUACCAGAAGAAGAAAGAAAAUUACUUUUAGAAGAUGAAGCUGAUGAAUAUGAAGAAAGUUUUAAACGUAUGAAAGAUGAAUCAUUACGAUCUCGUCAAGUAAAAAUGCAAGAAGAAUAUGAAGAAGCAUUAAAAGAAGUUGAAGUAUGGCGUGAAAGAUUAGCAGAUAAACGUAAAGAUGUCGAAUUUUGGAUGAAUAAAGUUGAUAAAUCAUGCAUUGAACGAAUACGUACAUUUCAAACACCACCUGUUCUCAUUGGACAAAUUAUGGAAAUGGUUUUAAUAUUAAUUGGUCGAAAACCGCCUGUUAGAUUAGAUGUUAAAGAACAAGAACGAGAAAGAGGAAAACUUCAAGCUGAACGUCUUGAUCGUCAUCAAUGGAAACAAUAUACAACAGUAAUGGCUGAUAUAAGUAAAUUUAUCGAUAUAUUACAUGGACUUAAUUGGCAAGAUGGUCUCAAUCUUGAUAUUUCUAAUGCUGUUGAAUCCUAUAUUGCAAAAGGUAAAGAUGGAAUAUCAGAAGGAAUUACAGGCGAAGGUUCACUAUUAGACAAUGCUAAAAAUUUUCAUGUACCUGCUACACGUGCUACUGCUGCACAAGAAAAUCGUAUAACUUUAGGUGCUGCUCGUUAUGCAUCUGAAGAAGCAGCCGUACUUGUUCAUUAUGCUAUUGCUUUAGUAGAAUAUACAAGAAUAUGUCAACCAUUACGUUUAACAAAAGAACGAGUUGAUAAACUUAAACAAGAAUUAUAUGAAGCUGAACAAAAACAAAUUGAACGAGAAAAUGAAAUUCAACGUUUGAAAUUAGUCGAACAAACUCUUCAAAAUGCCGAUUCAAAUGAAGAAGAUAAUCGUUUAGUUGAUAUAUCACAAUAUACAAUGGAUGAUUUACCACGUUUAGAAAAUCAACUUGCCGAAGCACAAAAACGUUUUGAUACUGCAGCUGUUGAAAAAAAUAAGUUAAAAAAAGAAUAUGAAAGUUGUCAAUUACGUUUACAAGCCGCAAUUACUGUUACAGAAAGUUUAUCCGAUUUGGAAGAUCAAUGGACAAAAUGGAUAGCUGAACAUUCAACACAUGAUCAAACUCUAACAAAUUGUAUAUUAGCUGCAGCUUAUAUGGCUUAUUGUUCACCAUUUGAUGCUGAUUUAAGAAGAAUUUUAUGUGAAAAAUUUCUUAAAUUUUGUGAACAAUAUGAAAUUCCACGUGAAUCGGAUUUAGUUUUUCAACCAAUACCAAUUGAUAGUAUUUCAAAGAAUUCUUUUGAUUUAUCUUUCUCAAUGAAUAAUCAAUCAUUAGAUACUGGACGUAAUAGUCAAACAAAUACAAUUCAAGUGAUGACACUUGCUGAAUUUUUAUAUAAUCCAAUUGAAUUAAAAGAAUUUGAACUUCUUCGUCUUGUCCCAACUGAUAUAAUGACAGAAAAUGGAUGUAUGAUUAUGGCUGAUGCUGGUCUUCAUGCAUGGCCAUUAAUAUGUGAUACAACAUGGUAUUCAAUUGAUUAUAUUCGUUUAUUUUUAAAAAAUAAGAAGUUAAUUAUUGUUCGAUAUCAUCAAUUACGUACUCAAUUAGAGAAUGCACUUUCCGAAGGACAUCAUCUUUUAAUAACAGAUUGUGAUACGAAUACUUUAAUAACAAAUGAAAAACUUGAAACUGUUAUUCGAAAUCAAGCACGUUUUGUAUCAAGUGAAAAACCAUUUAAAUUACAAAUAGGUCAACAAGAAAUUGAAUGUAGUCCUAAAUUCAGACUUUAUUUACAUACAACUACUCAACCAAUUUUUAUUCCAAAAGAAUUAUCAGCAUAUACAUUAACAUUAAAUUUUCAUAUUACAUUUAAUGAUCUUGAAGAAAUAUUUUUAACUAGAUUUAUGAUUAAAGAAAAACCACAUAUUGAUACAGAACAAUAUGCUCUAUUACAGGAAAAAGUUGAUACAUUAAAAAUAAUUGAUCCAUUACGACAAAAUAUAACAAAUUUUCUUGCAUCAGAUACAGUUAAUUUAUUAAAUAGUGUUGAACCUACUAAACGUCUUUCUGAUUUAAAAAAAGCUUAUGAUGAAGCAACUGAAGGAUCAAAACGAGUUGCAUCACAAGAAGAAAGUUUAUUUAAAACUCGAAAUAGUUAUAAAAAAUUAGCACAACGUGCUGCUACUUGUUACAAUACAAUACAUUAUUUACAACAACUUUUACCUGAAUAUGUUAUGCCACUUGAACAUUUUAUUGAUUUAUUUGAUACAUGUAUAUUUCAAUCUGAAAAACAUUCAAUGGGUAAUGUAAUGACUGAAUUAACUCGAAGUGCAUUUAUAACAAUUUUACGAAUGUUAAAUGAUCGUGAUCGACGUGUAUUUGCACUCUUUUUUGCGAUGGAAAUUGAAUCAUCGAAUCGUCGUCAAAGUCAGCCAUUUGAUUUAAAUAGUCCAACUGGUGAACGUGAAUUUAUCAUAUCACCAGCAUGGGCUGCUGCAUUAUUACAAAAACGUGGAGCUCGUACACCAAAUGAACGUUUCUUAACAUAUAAAAAACCAUUUGAUUGGAUGACAGAUGAAGCAUUUCAAAAUCUUCAAUAUUUAGCUAUCUAUUUUGAUUGGUUUUCUGAACCAUUUGAUCGAAUGGUUAAAGAAGUUCAAGAAGUUAAAUGGCGACCAUUUUGUGAGGGUGAUACAGAAAAUUGUGUUUUACCACCACCACUUGAACAACUUGAUCCAAUACAAAAAUUUUGUGUUGUACGUGCUGUAAGAAAUGAUCGAUUACUUCAAGCAUCAACUGUAUAUAUUGCCAAUGUUUUUAAUCAAGAUUCAAAUAAAACAAAAUCUGUAACACAAGAACAUCAAAAUCCGCCUCCUCAAGCAGCAUCAUCAUCAUCACGAACACCAACAAUACCAAUAUCACCAACACUUCAACAUGAGGUGGAUUUGUUAAUACGACAAAGUAAUCAACGAUGUGUUUUAUUAUUGUAUGAUGAUGAACCAGAUGAAGUUAUUAACUUUUUCUUAUAUUGUACAAAUUCAAUUCAAAAUGAUCCAUUAUUAAUAACACCAACAUAUCAAAUUCUUAAUGUAUAUGGUAAUGGACAAAGAGAAGAACGAAUAUUAAAAAAAGCUUUAAAAAAUGCAUUAAAUAAUAAUGCUUGGCUUUUACUUCAUGGUCUUCAUAAUAGCCCAUCGUUUUUAUCGCAUGUUGAAACAUGUCUUUGGGAACUUCGUUUAAAACGUCCAUCACCAAUGCCUCGUAUUUGGCUUAGUUUACAACGUACAUAUCCAUUACCAUCUUCACUCUAUAAUCUAUGUUUAAUUACUUAUAUUCGUACACCAUUAUCAAUGAAAGAAGCUAUGGCACGAGCAUUUUCUUUAAUUGAUAAUGAUCUUCUUCGUCAUUCAUCCAAAGCUGAAUGGAUUCCAUUAUUACAUAAUGUUUGUUAUAUUCAUUGUGCAUUAAAUCUUCGUACACGAUAUAAUCAAGCUGGUUGGGAUUUACCAUCGUUAACAUCAUUUACAAAUGUUGAAUUAACAUCAGCAUUUCAAGUUUUAGCAAGAGAAUUUGCUUUAAGUGAUCAAUCAACUUCACGACUUGAAUCAGCACAUCAAAAUACAAUGGUUACAACAACAACAACUGAAACAAAUACUCGACAAUUAUCUUGGACAUCAAUGCGUUAUACAUUAUCAGAAUUAAUUUAUGGUGCAAAAGCAUUAAGUGAAUAUGAUCAACGUGCUAUUAUUAAUAUUGUUGAUUUUUGGAUUCAACCAGCAUCUAUUAAAAAAGAUUUUGAAUAUUCAAAAAUAAAAUAUAAAAUUCCAUCAGUAUUUUUUGGACAACAACCGAAAUUAAGUCAAUUAUUACAAGCACUUGAAUCAAUUUCUACACAUCAACUUGAUGUACCAGAAGCAUGCCAUCUUCAUUCAAGUUAUGAAACAAAUCUCGGUGAUGAUGUAUAUGUUAUGGGUCGUCUUAAUCGUAUACUAGAUGCUUUACCAUCAACUAUUUCACUUACUUCAUCAGUUUUUCAACGACCAAAUACUCCUGUCGAAGAUGUAACAAUUAAUACAUCUUUUUCAUCAGCAAGUGGAUUAUCAAGUUCAUUUAGUGCAGCAGCACUUUAUUCAUUUGUAACAAAGAAAAAUGUUGGAUUAGAUGAAUAUUGUACGACCAUAUUAGCUUCGAAAUUGCCUAAAGUUUUGACAAAAGAUCAAAUAUUGGAUCGUGCUCGUCGUAAUGGUUCAGCUCAGAAUAGUCCAUUUAAUAUAUGGAUUAUACGUGAAGCACAAUUAAUGACUGAUCUUGUUACACUUAUUCGUACACAUGUACAAGCAAUAAAAAAUGCUUGUGAUCUUAGUCAAUUAGGUGUACAAUGGUCUCCAGAAUUAGCUAGUGUUGCACAUGCAUUAUAUUAUCAACGAAUACCUGAUGUUUGGUGUGAAGCAAUAGGUCCAAGUGCACCACCACCAACUUGGGGUUUAAAUAAUUUUUUUAAUGAUUUAAGUAUGCGAGCUGAACAUAUUGAAAAAUUACUUACGAAAGGUCGUGAAAAACAUCCAGCUUUUAAUUUAUCUGCAUUCUUUAAUGCUUCAUCAUUAUUUGGUAUAUUUAAACAAGAAGUAGCACAUACACUUAAUCUUUCUGAUGAUACUAAUAAUAGUUCGCUGAUGUUUCAAUGUGAAUUAACACCUCGUGAUCGUGAACAUAUUCGUGAACCACCUAAAGAAGGUCUAUUUAUGUAUGGUCUUUAUCUAUGGGGAUGUAGUUCAGAUAGAAAUAUAACUGAACAAGGGAUUUCUGAUAGUCCAACAAAAAAUCGUGAUGGAUGUUCACUUUUACCAGUUAUGCAUUUAACAUGUAUUUCAACAGAAAAAGCUGCUCCAGUUGUUGUACAACAACAAUCUAUUGUUGAUACAACGGGUCCUAGUCGACCAACAACAUUAGAUACUUAUUCAUGUCCAGUAUUUUGUAAACGUUCAGUUGAACGAAAUCCAACAGAAGUUAUUUGUGAAUUAGAAUUAUGGAAGAAAACAGCUAUCAUUGGUCAAACAUCACGAUGGGCAUGGCGAGGUGUUUGUAUGACUGUCAAACCGUAUUAA